AUGUCAAACGCCACUUAUUUCAACACCAAUGUCACAGAGCUGCCAGUAAACAAGGGGGUUCCGGUUAAAGCUGUCCUUUCCAUGACGCCAUGUUUCUUCUUCUUCUACAUCAAUUUGGUCAUGCUGGUCACCCUGAGGAGCAAGGCCGUCUUUCGGGAGUCCUCACGCUACAUCCUUUUGACCAACAUGCUCUUUGUGGAUUCUCUAAACCUGCUGAUCUUUUUGUUGCUGUACAUAUUUGCUGUGGGGAAGCUGUACCUCAGUCGCUAUGUGUGUCUUGCUGUGGUUUUGACAGCUGACAUCAUAUUCCCUAUCUCCCCAAUCAACUUGGCCGUUAUGUCUCUGGAGCGGUACGUCGCCAUCUGCUUUCCCCUGAGACAUGCUGAGAUCGCCACCAGCAGGUGGACAGGUGUGGCCAUUGGCAUUAUAUGGGCGUUGGGCUCAUUAAAUUCUCUGACUGACAUAUUUCUGUUUGUGAUCACAGGAUCUACAUUUGCCUCCACAUGGAGAUUCUGUACAAGAUCCCUUGUGUUUCAUCUGGAGGUUUAUGAAGUUAUAAAUAAAACCUUCUCUGGCAUUUAUUUCACAUCAGUUGGGGCCAUCAUUAUCUACACAUAUAUCGGUAUUGUGGUGGCAGCCAGGUCAGCUGCCUCAGACAAAAUGUCAGCAAAUAAGGCCCGUAAAACAGUGCUGCUGCAUUUGAUUCAACUGGGGCUGUAUCUUGCGUCUUUCUCAUACGACUCCAUAAUCAUAUCAGCGUAUCAAUACUUGGACCGCCUCACUGCCUUGAACAUACAGUAUGUAGCAUUUCUGGGACUGAUCAUCUUCCCAAGAUGUCUCAGUCCUCUUGUAUACGGACUGAGAGAUCAGACCUUCUGGCCUAUUUUCAAAUACUAUUUCACAUUUGGUUUAAGAAGCACUGUGAAGCCAGUUAUUAUGUGA